GGUCAGAUGUCUAGGAACCCCGAUUUUUCUCGGUAAUCCGACUUCUCACCCGGCGAAUGCCGUUCCUGCGCAGAUUGGCCCCCACGUCGAUCAAUGGCCGAGAGGACAACGGCGUCGGAUUCCCGGCCGAGUACAAUGGUACCGGGUUGGCGGUAAUCUUAGGUCCGCCAUAACAAGCGUCACGCCUCGCAGAGGGACGCACAAAUCUAAUCAUUACGGACAAGAUCCAUUAUUGUUUUCUUUGCCGGCAUACUUUUGAUGAACGCCAUGGGAUUUUCAAGUCAGCCAAACGGACACUCACCCGCCACGUCCAGGUCCACCGCGAACGGCCAAUCGGAGUACACGAACGGUCAUGGGUCCGCCGCCACCACCAAUGGUCAGGGCAGAGCUCCCAAGCCUCUGGUUGAGCCCAUCGCCCUUUGCGGCAUGGGACUGCGACUCCCGGGCGCAGUCAACGAUGCCCAGGCCUUCUGGGACCUACUCCAAAACAAGCGGAAUGGGCGAUGCAAGGUACCAACGACGCGUUACGACGUCGACAACUGGUAUGGCCCUGGAAAGUCCGGCCACGUCAGCUCCAAGUUUGGCUAUUUCCUCGACCAUGUCGACCUCGCCAACAUGGAUACGUCUUUUUGGUCGGCGACAAAGGACGAGUGCGCUUCGAUGGACCCUCAGCAACGACUCCUGCUCGAGGUCGUGUACGAGGCGUUGCAGACGGCCGGGCAAAGGUCGACGGACCUACGUGGCCGCAAGGUCGGCGUCUUUGUCGGCAGUUUCGAGGGGGACUGGUUGGAGUUGGACCAGCGCGAUGUCGAAAAUUUCAGUCGCCAUCGGCAGUCCGGCUCAGGUGACUACAUGGCGGCAAACCGCAUACACUAUGAAUUCGGCUUCAUGGGUCCCAGUGCCGUCAUUCGCAGUGCGUGUUCCAGCUCCAUGAUCGCUCUCCACGAUGCAUGCACUGCCAUUAAUGCCGGAGAGUGCGAAGCCGCCAUUGUCGGAUGUUGCAAUCUCAUCCUUUCCCCGCGCAUGACAGCCACAAUGCAGGAGCUGGGUGUUUCGUCGCCGAGCGGCUACUGCCACACCUUUGACGCUGCCGCCGACGGCUAUGCCCGGGGCGAGGCCGUGUCAGCUGUCUAUCUGAAGAAGCUGAGCGAUGCCCUCCGCGACGGCGACCCAGUCCGGUCUGUGAUUCGGUCUACCUGCCUCAACGCCGGGGGAAGGUCCUCGACGCUGUCGGCGCCCGUUGCGGCCGCUCAUGAGGCCCUGAUUCGCCGCUGUCAUGAGCUGGCUGGCAUAAGCGACUUUUCGAGGACGGCCAUGAUGGAGUGUCACGGAACGGGCACCCCUGUCGGCGAUCCUAUUGAGGUUCAGGCCGUUGCAAACGUCUUUGGCGAGCAUGGAAUCUAUAUAGGAUCGGUCAAAACCAACCUCGGACAUGGCGAAGGCGCCUCGGGGCUGUCCAGCCUUGUGAAAAUGACGCUUGCCCUCGAGAACAAGACGAUCCCGGCCAACCUCAACUUCAACACCCCGAAUCCCAACAUACCAUUCGAGUCGUGCAAGCUCAGGGUGCCAACUGAGCCUAUGCCGUGGCCCAAAGACCGGGACUUUGUUGUUGGCAUAAACAGCUUUGGUGUCGGUGGAUCCAAUGCCCAUGCUCUCCUUGGGUCGGCGGCCUCUUUUGGAGCUGGUCUGGCCGAGGAAUCCGCGUCCGAGAAGACCACGGUCUCUUCGAAGCCCGCAUUGCUCCUGUUCUCGGCAAAGCACCCCAAUGCACUCAAGGCGAUGAUUGAGAGCCAGCAGGCAUAUCACCUCGCCCACCCGAAUCGGCUUGGCAACGUGAGCUACUCCCUCGCCAUGAAGCGGGACGCCUUCGACCAUCGCGCCUUUGCCGUAACCGAUGGGUUGGACGACUGGACUGCCAAGUUUUCAACGCGAACUGCCCCUCCUCGCGAACCGCAAACGCUUGUCUUUGUUUUCAGUGGCCAGGGCGCCCAAUGGGCCCAAAUGGGCAAGGAACUCAUCCAGGUCUACCCAAGCUUCGAGGAGAGCAUCAAGGCCCUGGACAGGCACCUGCACACGCUCGAGGACGACGGACCGAGUUGGUCGCUGCUGGAGGAGCUUUUGCGAGGGAAGAAGACAAGCCGUUUGUCCCAGGCAGAGUUCGCGCAGCCGUGCACCACGGCACUGCAGAUUGCCCUGGUGGACCUGCUGCGACAGUGCGGCCUCACGCCGGACGCCGUCGUCGGCCAUUCAAGUGGCGAGAUCGCCGGCGCGUACGCCAGCGGCGCGUUGACGGCCCGCGAGGCCAUCCUCGUGGCCUACUACCGAGGCCGGGCGAUGCCGUGGGUGGAGAAGGCACUUGCAGUUGAUGGUGUGCAGGGCGGCAUGGCCGCGGUUGGGUUGGGGCCGGAGCAGGUCACGCCGUACCUUGCCAAGGGUGUUUUGGUCGGGUGUGAGAACAGCCCUGAAAGCACCACGCUCACGGGAGACAAGGACGUCCUCGACAGUGUCUUGCGCCGAGUCAAAGAGGCGUACCCGGAUGUUCUUGUCCGCGAGCUGAAGGUGGAUCGCGCAUAUCAUUCUCACCACAUGGGCAUCGCCGCACCGCACUACCUGGCUGAUCUCAAGGCCCGAGGCAUCACGCCGCAAGCGCCUUCAGUCCCUUUCCAUUCCAGUGUCACAGGCAAAGUUAUCCGCAAUGCCCAGGAUCUUGGACCCCAGUAUUGGAUUGACAAUCUCAUCUCCCGCGUACGCUUUUCUACCGCCGUCGCCAGCGUCCUCUCGUCGUCUACUCGGCCGCCCAAGACGUUCGUCGAAGUCGGUCCGCACUCGACACUCGCCGGCCCACUCCGACAGAUUCUCCAAUCAGCGAAUUCGCAAGCCGACUACGUCAACGUCAUGAAGCGCGGCCAGGACGCGAGCAGGGCUUUCCUCCAGGCCAUGGGCGAGUUGUGGAGCCUCCACGUGCCACUGAAUCUCGCCGCCAUCAUUGACAAGGGCGAGUUUCUGACCGACCUUCCGCUGUAUCCGUGGCACUAUGAGGAGCCGUUGUGGGCCGAGAGUCGCCUCUCGAAGGACUACCGGUUUCGAAAAUUCCCCCAUCAUGAGCUUCUCGGCUCCCGCGUCGUCGAGAGCACCGACCACAGCCCGAGCUGGCGGAACGUCCUACGCCUGGAGAGCGUGCCAUGGAUCGGAGACCACGAGGUCUUCGGCGACGUCAUCCUUCCGGGUGUUGGCUACGUGGCUAUGGCGGGCGAGGCGAUUCGGCAGCUGACGGGCGCGCCCGACUUCUCAGUUCAACGUGUGCAUAUCAAGGUGGCCUUGGCCUUGAAACACGACUCUGCAGUCGAGCUCGUCACGCAGCUGGACAGGGUGGCGCUUACAAACUCGCUCGACGCUGCGUGGUACAACUUCAGCAUCUCCAGCCACCGAAAAGCGCCCGAUGGUGGCGCUGGCGCUGGCGCGUGGGUCAAGCACGCCUUUGGCCAGGUUCGUGCCGGCUCCGAGUUCCAGCCAGGUUCGCCGCCAGACGUGCGACCGCUCCAGAGGGUUGUUUCUGAGAAAGGCUGGUACCGCAAGUUCCGCGCUGCGGGUUUGGACUACGGGCCCCGGUUCCAAGGCCUCGCUAACACUACAGCCCAUCCGCCGGCGCCAGAGCUUGUGGCGGCCAUCACCAACGACGUUCGCCUCGCCGAGUCGUACUACCCCGUCCAUCCCGCCGCCCUGGACUGUCUGGCCCAGGCACUCGUUCUUGCCUUGUGCGGCGGCCUGACGAGGAAUCUCGCCCACAUGGCUGUGCCCACCUACAUUGAUGAGCUCUACUGCCGGCCUCCUGCGACCGAAGACAUGGCCAUUCGCGUGCGCGCUACCGAGCGUAGGAGGAAUGCCUACACGGGCGACAUGACAGCCGUCUCUGACGGACAGGUUGUCGUUCAAGCCAGAGGGUUCCGCUUGACCGUGGUGGACAAUAACGACACUGAGGCCGAGGGUCCAAGCAGCAGCGGCGCGAGAUUCCGCCACGGUGCCGUCCAGCUCGAGUGGAAGCCGGACAUCAACUUCGCCGACGUUGACAGGCUGUUCUCCCCAGAUUUGCCGCCCGACCAAGACUUUGAGAUGCUGGACCGAUACCUUGCGCUGUGCGCCAUCGAAGUGGCCGAGCGUGUGCGAAACAUUGAGCCGGCCCAGGACCACAUGGCACUCUUCUCGGCAUGGACGACAAAGUUCGCCGCCGGCACGCAACUCGAUGGCCUGUUUGGGGUUGAAGAGAAUCACAUUCUGCGCGAGGACGGCGACCGCCGGAAGGAGGUGAUGGACAUGCUGUACUCGCAGCUCAUGGACUGCGGAACACGCGCAGCCGCCGAGGCGCUUGGCAGAAUUGUCGAGGCCAGCGAAGCCCUCAUGCGCGGCACCACCGACGGUCUUGGUGUCCUGAUGGACGGCAAGCUGCUGCACGACGUCUACGACGGUAUGCAGCUGACAGACAUGACGGCCUUCCUCGACCUGGUUGCGCACAAGAAGCCCAACCUGCGAGUGCUCGAGAUUGGCGCCGGCACGGGCGGCACCACGGCCAAAGUCUUGCCAGCUCUGCAGUCUGCAUACGGCGAACGCAUGUAUCUCUCCUACACCUACACCGACAUAUCUCCGGGCUUCUUUCCGCCUGCCCAAGAGCGAUUCCACGAAUCCCCGGGCAUCGAGUAUCGCGUACUGGACAUUUCGCAGGACCCGACUGAGCAGGGCUUCGAGGCCGACCUGGAGAGUUACGAUCUUGUCAUUGCUACCAACGUCCUUCACGCCACGCCGCGUAUCCAAGACACGCUGCGCAAUGUCCGUAAGCUUGUCCAUCCUCGCGGGCGGCUGUUCCUGCAAGAGCUGUCUCCCGUCAGCAAGUGGCCCAACAUGAUCAUGGGCGUGUUGCCGGGAUGGUGGCUUGGCGCCGACGACGACCGUCCGGAAGAGCCGUACAUGGAUGCACAGCGGUGGGACAGGGAGCUCACGAGUGCUGGGUUUUGCGGGGCUCAGACCGUCUUCUUUGACGGACGACUGUGCCUCAACAUUGUCACGACGCCCGCAGCGCCAACAGAUGUUGUUUCGAAGGAGCAGAAGCGAGCGAGAGUCAUGCUGCUGGUCCCUGCUCAGGUCAGCGAGACGUCUGAGCCGCAAGUGCGUGCCGUCACCGCCCAGUUGCGGGGCGCCGGCUAUCGCGUCAACGUUCACCAUUUUGCACAAGCUGCGGCGGACCUUGACCUUGGGCCGGACGAGGAUGUUGUCGCCCUGCUCGAUGUGGACAAACCCUUCUUUCACGACCUGAACGAGGCAGGGCUCCGCGCCUUUCAAGGCUUUGUUGCCCAUGCCAAGGAGCGCCGGUGUGGCAUUCUUUGGGUGACGGGUGGGAGCCAGGCCGGCUGCACCGACCCUCGCUACGCGCCCGUUGUGGGCGUGGCUAGAGUUCUGCGUCUCGAGCUUGGUGUGGACUUUGCCACGCUUGAAAUGGGAGGGCACAUACAGGACGGCGGCACUGGUAUGGACAGCCAUGGUGGCCUCGAGGUCGAUGCACAGGCUGUGGCGCGUGUGCUGGACGAGUUUCGGCGCCGGGACAGGGGGGCCAUCGAGACGGAGACGGAUACGACCUGCGAGGCCGAAUGGGUGUAUUUGGCAGGUCACGUUCUGACGGGACGCUACCACUAUCUCGACAUAGACGCCGAACUCAAGAAGCCCCAGCCGUGCAGCGCCAGCGGCAGCAUCGAGACGGCCAUUUCUGUUCCGGAACGCGAGCAACAAAAGACGUACCUCAAGCUCGACACUUGGCGGCCAGGCUUGCUAGACGCAUUGUACUGGAAACGACUGCCCGAAGAGGAGCUUGGGCCCGAAGAGGUGCGUGUAGAGGUUCGCGCAGUCGGGCUCAACUUCAAGGACGUCCUGGUCGCCAUCGGCCUGGUGGCCGAGCCCGAAAAAAUCGCCCGUGGCAUGGGCUACGACUGCAGUGGCGUGGUCACGGCAGUGGGACCCAACGUCACCAAGCAUCGCAUCGGAGACCGCGUCGUCGUUUGCGAGAGCGGCACGUUUGCUACAUCGCUCAAUGUCUCGCAGCUUCUCUGUGUCGGAAUGCCCGAUGACAUGUCGUUCGAAGAGGGUGCGACCAUGCCUCUCGUCUUUGCGACGGCGUCGUAUUGCUUACUGGACGCGGCAUCGCUGACCAAGGACAUGUCGGUCCUGAUCCACGCGGCCGCGGGCGGCGUCGGCCUGGCUGCGAUACAGCUGUGCAAGAUGGUGGGCGCCGAUAUCUACUGUACGGUCGGCAGCGAGGACAAGGUGCGGCAUCUCAUGGAGCACUGCGACAUUCCGCGUCAUCACAUAUUCAACUCGCGCGACACAAGUUUCCUGCCUGGUCUGAUGGCCAUGACGGACGGACGCGGCGCCGAUGUGGUCCUCAAUUCGCUGUCGGGCGAGCUGCUGCACGCGUCAUGGAAGUGUGUCGCCGAAGGUGGCACCUUUGUCGAGAUCGGCCGGCGUGACUUUAUCGGGCAGGCCAAGCUGGCCAUGGAGCCAUUCGAGUCUAACCGGUCUUUUAUCGGCUUUGACUUGGGUGCUAUGAGGAUCCAACGGCCAGUUGUCAUAGCUAGGCUCUUGGAUCGCAUGAUGGAGUUUGCCCGAGAGGGUCACAUCAAGCCCCUGCUGCCGAUGCGGACCUUUGAUGCCGCUUACGUAUCGGAGCCCAUCAGGCUGAUGCAAAAGGCGCAGCACAUCGGCAAGAUGGUCGUCACCAUGCCUGCCAGUGCCGACGCUGAGCUGCCGUCCGAGGCCGCACAUGAGCCGUUCCGUGCGCGCAGUGAUGCCACGUACCUCCUGACAGGAGGUCUGGGUGGUCUCGGCCGGUCCGUCAGUACUUGGCUAGCCGAGCGGGGCGCUCGUCACUUUGUCUUCUUGUCCCGCUCGGCUGCAAAGCCCGAGCACGAGGCUUUCUUCCAGGAACUGGCCUGCCUUGGCUGCACAAGCAUCGGGGUGUCAGGCGACUGCGCCAACUACGACGACGUCGUGCGGGCCGUCAAGGCCGCGGGCAUGCCGAUAUGUGGUGUGCUCCAUGCGUCCAUGGUCCUAGAGGACAACAGCUUUUUGGACAUGUCGUUUGACCAGUGGUCUGCUCCUUUCCAACCCAAAGUUAAAGGCGCAUGGAAUCUGCACAAGGCGCUCUCUUCCGAAAACCUUGACUUCUUCUUCCUCUUCAGCUCAUUCGGCGCCAUGUUUGGGCAAUGGGGCCAGGCCAAUUACUCUGCUGCCAACACCUUCGUCGACGCCUUCGUCUCGUACCGGCAUUCGCUCGGCCUGCCCGCAUCCACCAUCAACAUAGGCGUUAUGGGCGACGUCGGUUGGGUGGCCGAGAACCCCGAGGCGCUCGAAAAGCUCCAGGCCGCCGCCUCUCACGUCAGUCAGGAGAGCGACUUUUUGGAGUGCGCCGAGCUGAUGCUCAUGCGACCCGGGCCCAUGCAGCAGCAGGAGCAAAAGCGCUUUGUACAGCACUCGCAGAUUGGCUUUGGCUUGCGCUCCACGCUGCCCAUCGCGUCACCUAACAACCGCGUCGUCUUCCGCAAGGAUCCCCGCCUACUGGUCUACCGCAACCUCGAGGCCGACGCGGGCUGGUCGUCGGCGCCGACGACGCAUGGACAGGCGGGCGCGGACCCGGCCGACGAGGAGCUAACAAGAUUCCUGCAAGGCGCCGCUGUCAAUAUGGCCGUCUUGCGCUCGGAGGAGGCGACGGCCUUAAUUGCGCGGAACGUGGGCCGUACGCUGUUUGGCUUUAUGCUGAGGCCCGAGGAUGAGUUUGAUGUGCACGCGCCGAUGGCGGAUGUGGGUAUUGAUAGCCUGGUGAGUAUUGAGCUAAGGAACUGGAUUAGGAAGAGGCUCGGGGUUGAGGUGAAUGUGCUGGAGAUUACGAGGGCGGGCAGCUUGCAAGAAUUGGGAGGCUUGUUACAGACGAGGAUGGUAGAAAAGUAUCAGGCUAGGCGGUAGAGCAGGGACUGGUUUAUUCGAGCCCUGCACCGAGAAAACGCAUCGCGGAAGGGUAUAUAGCAGACUAGAAACCAAGGAAAGACCCCCCGCAAUGAAGAAAUGAACAAGCAGUCGAGAACGAGAACGCUACCUAUGCAACAGACUGCCACCCAUAUAUCUACAUCC